AUGGAGGAUGGGAAGAAUGCGUUUCUGUUCCACCUAUUCUCCUCCGCAGGGAGCGAGAAGGCGGGGGAACAAAAAGCCAAAGUGAGAAAUUACAGGUUCAUCAAACUGCCAAGCAUAAACGAGCCGCACAAAUGUGUGUUAUACCACUACAGUGAAAAGAGCAACUUGCUGUACCUGCUGGAACGGAAUUACUAUAAUCCGAAAAUUGAGUCCAUAAAACAUGAAAAUGACAAAAUAAACAAAAGUUGUGUAUCCCUUUUUAUAAAUAACUACGCUGUGCAGAACGAAUGCAGCUUUUUCUGCUACCCCAUUGAUGCAAUUUUCGUCUUCAUAAGUAUCAUUUAUCAAAACUACGCCUGUAACACGUACACCACACUGGGGGAUUACCUAGACAGUGUUUUAAAAGACCGCGAAAGAAGGGAACAGAACGAAAUAAGCAAAAAUGCAUUUUUCAUUUUCAACAAAAAUGUGAAAGAGGAUAUUUUGAAGAAACACAAUGUUGACAUGGACCUCCAUGCGAGUAGCACGUCAAGAGUUAAAACUGCAAAAUUGAAACAAAUCGAUGCAUAUGGCGAGUAUAAGAAGCUGGUGGACUCAUACGUCAUACAGUUUAAUAAAAAGUACUACAAAUUUUGUGGAUCCAAUUUAAGGACUUUUGUUUGGCUAAUUGUGAAGGGUUUUAUGAGUUCGUCUCUCAGUGAAAGACUCACCCCGAAGGAUAUACAGGAAAAAUUAAGCAAAAUGAAGGAGGAGGACAAAAAGAAGAUAAUGCAACAGAAUGAUACUUUCGCCAAAGGGAAGAAGCACCCCCUGCAGCAACCCAGGAAUCAGAUGAUGAUCGACUCCUUUUUUAAAAAGAAAAAGACAAAGUGA